AUGUGUGACUGGCCAGUAAACGCCAACUGCCAUAACAACGUGGACAAAAAAUCUCACGAAAAACUGACCAAGAAUAGCAAUGUGGAUGAGAUUUGCUCAUCUCCUGAUUCUGAAGGCGUCUUGGUAGCUCAUGAAAACUGCAACGAAUUCUACAGAUGUGCUGAUGGUAAGCCAAUUCACCAUCAAUGCGCACCAGGUCUCCUGUUUAAUCCCACUGCUAUGAUAUGUGACAUGCCCCACAACGUGAACUGUACUACCGAAGGACUUUUUAUUAGCAAAAAAUAUAUGGCUGCUACAAGAGCUAACUAUACUACAGAUGAGGAAGCAGCUACCAUUUGUGCAACGCAAAAUCAUUUCGUGUACCCAUUUUCUCACAAAAAUUGUAACCAGUUCUACGUGUGCAGCCUUGGUGAGCCAGUCGUUAUGUCCUGCCAACCAACCCUCUUUUUCAACGUCGAUGAUGGAAUCUGUGACUGGCAAAAGAACGUGAAAUGUGGUGACAGAGUAAUUCCUGGUGAAGAAAAGAAGAAUGGAAAGGUAUGUUCAGAUGCUAAUGAAGGUCGUCUGUUUGGUCACCAGUACUGUAAUCAGUUCUACCAGUGUCUUGGUGGUGAGUUGAUACAAGGGUCAUGUCCAAGUGGUUUGUAUUUCAACACUUUCUUUGGUAUUUGUGACUGGCCAGAGAAUGUUAACUGUCGCAAUCGUUUGGUUUAG